UUUUAAGUAUACAUAUCUAUUAGAGAGAAGUGACACGACUUAGCUGAGCACGAUUUGAAAGUUAAUAUUGGUAAACGAUUCCGCACUAUAAUAAUGACGCUCAAAGAAAUGUUUAUAAAGUUUUGUCUUGUGGGAAUUUUGGUUUUGUGUUUGGUUGAGUUUGUGGUCAUUGGUGAUGAGUCAUCAACACCUUCCUCAACAACUUCAAAACCUAAGAAGCUACAGAUAGGUAUAAAAAAGAGACCCGAAACAUGUGACAAAAAAUCUAGAAAAGGAGAUGUUCUUCAUAUGCAUUAUAAGGGAACUUUGGAAGAUGGCACAGAAUUUGACAGCAGCUACAAAAGAGAUCAGCCAUUAACUUUCACUCUAGGAUCAGGUCAAGUCAUUCGAGGAUGGGAUCAAGGUUUACUUGGAAUGUGUGAAGGGGAGAAACGGAAAUUGGUUAUACCAUCAGAUCUUGGAUAUGGGUCAAGUAAGAAAGGAAGUCCAAAAUUCAUUCCAGGUGAUGCCACCCUAAUAUUUGAAGUGGAUUUAGUUAAGAUUGAAAGAAAAACUGAACUCUAACGAGCAGUAUAGCUGUGUAAUGAAUGAUAAAUACUUGAUUAACAUUUUCAUUUCUAUAGUCAUUCCAUUUUAAUUAGUAGAUCUCUGAUUAAAGUUUUUUAUUUUAAGUAAAUAACUAUUUUUGUGCCAUCUUACAGUCUUAGAAGUUAUUUUUUCCCAUAGUGAGACAUUUUUCAAACCAUUUAAUGCAGAUUUUAUAAACUUAAGCUCAAACUUGCAUUUGAUUUUACUUAGUAAUCGGUAAAAUUAGAUAAAUAAAUAAAUAAACCUUAAAUCAUGUUAAAAGUCAUGUUUUUUAUAUUUUUUUAGUGUUGUCAACAUUUUUGAACUCUUAUGUGACUAAAUGCACCAAUGGAAUCAAUUGUUCUAACUAACCUUACAGUUAAAAUGUUUCAGAAAAGAAAUGCAAUUAAAAUUGGAUAAAAAUCUAGUUUAUUGGUAACAUUUUAUGCUAAUAAUGGCCAUUAGAUGUAAGUGCAGGAUACUUAAAGUUGGUGUCUCCCAGUGGCACAGCAAUAAGCUUGAUGGCUUAUAAUGCUGAAUACUGAGUUUUGAUACCUGUGGUGGGCACAACAUAGAUAACCCAUUUUGUUGCUUUGUGCUUAACUACAAACAAAACAAUCUUAAAAUUGGCUUUUUCACAUUUGUCUUUUGCUUCAAUGAGAUGAAAAUAGCUAUUUCUGUUGCUUUAUUUCUUUGUCUUGAAAAAAUAUUUAUUACACCAUAUGACUCAUUCUAUUUAAAAUCCCCCAAUGAUACACUUUUGAAAAUUUUUGGAAUGAUAUUUAAGCAAAGUUCCAUCAGUAUAUUAUUAUUUUUAUAUUAUUAUUUUUUUCCACAUCCUAGAGUUCUUUGAGCUAUGAAAACAUUGUAUAAAAUGUUAUUAGUUGAUGAAUUAUUGUGUAUUGAUGUAACUAACAAAAUUUUUGUUCUACUACCACCAUUGAUUUCAUGUUGUGGACAACAGUUUGUAAGUUUUCAGAAUCCAAGUAUGUUGUAAUCGAAUUAAUAGUAGGAAAAUUCCAUUAAGUAACACCAUAGUAAACUUUUGUUUUGCAUAUAACAAAGUUGUGAGUAUUUUAGUGCAGAUAUAAAAAAUUUACAGCAUAAAAUAUUGCAUAGCUUACAAUAGCAGCAGUUUUGCAACUUCUAACCAUUUAAAAAUUAUCACAAACUUUUAAGUGGAUAAUGAAAAAAAAAUCUUUACCUAACUAACUAAACUUACAAUUUCCAGAAAUUAUGUGGUAUGAUGUAACAUUUUAACAUUAAAAACUUGUUACAAUUAAGUUAGAAUUAUAAGAAUGAUGGUAAAAUAUAAAUUUGAUUAAAAGAAAAUUUAUCUUUUUUUUUUCCCGUUCACUCAAAUUACAAAUUGCUUUAGAUCAGUGAUGGGCUGUUAAUUGUACAAAUAAUCAUAUGUGAUAUCCAACAAUAUCUUUUAUGAUGUUUAAUUUUAAAGUAUUUUUAGAGCUGGGUGUGGUUAACCUGCCAGACUAUGAAUCUAAGGACCUGUAGUUUGCCCUAUUGUGAAAUUUAAGUAUGUAGUCUCACUCUGGUUAAUAUUCUGAGGAAUUCUUUGUUUAAAUCAUUAAUAAAUAAGUAGCUAAUGAACUUUCUUGAAAGCAAUUUAUAUUUUGACUGAAGAAUAGGUGCCUAAAAUGUCCUGAUUUUUGCUUAGUGAUUAAUUUUUUGAAUUAUGGUAAUUUAAUUCCUUUUCUAAGGAUAUACUUAUUCAAAAUAGUUUGAAGAUGUAAUUGUUCAGUGUUUGAAUGUCUUAUAAAGCUCUUGUUUUAGAA